GAAGUGAUACACUAUAUGCACUUCGCCCAGGGCGCCUACGGCUGGCCAAUGUUCCUUAUGACCAACUCCGUCACCGGCCUUUGUCAACUGUGCUCGGCCAUGAGGUGUUCGUGUAUGCCCUGCGCCUCCAGAGACUCGAAAAGCAACGCCAAUAUUAUUAAAGACAAUUGCUGCGAAUGCAAUUAUGCAGCUCUCAAGAGGAUGUUGACCCACGGAGAGAUUGAAGUGGUUUAUGCGACGUAUCAUGUCGAUGUAGGUGAGACUCCGUUUUUCAUAGCAGUCGAUUACACAAAGAGAAAAAUCGUUAUUAGUAUUCGAGGAACACUCAGCAUGAAGGAUAUUAUUACGGAUCUGAAUGCUGAAGGUGAACCUUUGCCUUUGAAUCCUCCAAAAGAAGAUUGGCUUGGUCACAAAGGUAUGGUGCAAGCAGCUCAGUACAUAUUAAACGAGUUGGAACAGGAUCAACUUUUGGAAAAGGCUUUCGAAUUGAAUCCGGCUCGGGGGACCAGAGAUUUUGGUCUGGUUAUAGUAGGUCAUAGUCUGGGAGCUGGCACGGCUGCAAUUCUAGCAAUUCUGAUGCAAGAAAAGUACGAGCACCUGAUUUGCUACAGUUAUAGUCCUCCCGGAGGAUUACUGAGUAUGCCAGCUGUGGAACACAGUAAGAAGUUUGUAACAUCUGUCGUUGUUGGCAAAGAUGUCGUUCCUCGAAUAGGUCUGCACCAAAUGGAGGCCCUAAGAGCCGACCUUAUAAACGCUAUUAAAAGAUCCGUCGAUCCGAAAUGGAAAACGAUAGCGUGUGCCACGAUGUGCUGCUGCUGCACCUCGUGCGCCCCUCAGCCGACGAGCGUCAGCAGGAUGAGGUCGGACGAUAAUACGAUCGAUGAUUAUAAAUUAGAAAAAGUAUCUGCCAGGUGUAACUCGGCACAUCCAAAUGACUCUUCCAUAGCUUUAACUCUACAUAGGCCAUUAUAUCCUCCUGGAAAAAUAAUCCACAUCGUUAGAAACCAUUCAGGAGUCAUCGAUACCACAAGAAGUGCUUCCAGUUCGUCUCGAGAAAAGACAUUCCGUGCAGUCUGGUGUGACAAUGCAGACUUCGAUGAGGUCCUGAUAUCACCCGUAAUGGUGCAGGACCAUAUGCCCGAUCAGGUCCUGCUGGCACUCAACAAGGUGAUUUUGUAGUAGUCGAAAGAAAUUUGAAAGACUGAGAUACAUUCUUGAGAUAAAAGACAGAAAUUAAA